AUGACCAAAAAGUGGGACCAGAAAUGGAGCUCAUCCCUUGACCAGUGCGAUAUAUAUGGACAAUGUAGUCCGAACGCUUAUUGUUGCCUUGGUUCAUCAUCUUUUGUGUGCCACUGUAUACCAGGUUUUGAGGACAGUGGCUUGAACGUGACAACAAAAGAGUGUGUGCAGAAAAAUAAUGGGACCUGCAGCGGAGACAACCAUUUCUCACUUGUUGGGAAAAUGAAUCUUCCCAGCAACACCAAAUCUAACCCGUCGGUCACCAAGCCAGAACAAUGCGGUGAGAUUUGCCUUAAGGAGUGCACUUGUACUGCUUAUUCGAAAAGCAUAAGCCUAGAAACUGGAAACCAGAGCUGUCUAAUAUGGAGCAGAAACUUGUUGGAUCUCUGCAGUUACUCCGAUGAGGGUCAAAACCUUUAUGUGCGAACGGCUGGGAAGAAGAAAAGCAAAACAAGAUUGAUCGUAGAAAUAAUGAUGCCAAGGGAAAGAGAAAACCCAAUAGAGAAUGAACUAUCUGCCCCAAUGGACUUUGCGAUGAUACAGAAUACCACAGACAACUUCUUUCAAGAGAUCGGACAUGGUGGGUUUGGGUAUGUGGACAAGUAA